AUGAUGUCAUUGUAUUGUACGGUUUUUGAUCUAAACCAGGAUCGUCAUGAUGGCCGCAUUUAUACAUUCGACAGUAAUUUCUACUUUGAGUAUCAGCCUUCUAACUUGAGCCACAUCCGUGAGUUUGAUUUGAACGUUAUUCUUUUGUCCUCAGGCGAACGUCCAAAUGUCGAGGGGAUAACUGGGUUGCCAAAUGACCAACCUUUUGGCGUUCUAAUCAAUACGGACCACACUUCCGGUAAAACCAGUGCCUUUCAGCAUCGUCCAACUUCAUCCGCAAACUCUCAACCGCUUGACCCGUCUGCAUAUCACAAUUCCCAGCAUCACCACCCGUUAGCUUCUCCCGAUCCGCGACUAGGUUGGACCACCUCUAGUGGGCCAACUGGAAGCUCAAACACCUUGAGUGGUGCUCCAGAAUUCGGAUCCUAUGUGUCACAACAGACCCCUGCACCGACUGCAUCAUUCCCUGCUGGACCCUAUCCAACCGCUCCGCCGACUCAACACGCAUCCUAUCCAACAACAACGCUGUAUAAUGCUACUCAUUCCUCACGUCCUUCAUCCGUGCUUAAUGCACCACACCCUUCAGGUCCUUUCCCUCCAGCCCCUCCAAUGGCCCCAGCGCCUCCGAUGGUUUUGCCUCCUUCAGUAGAUCCGGCAAACCCACCACUUUUACAGGGAACAACGUCCUCAACGCCCUUGUUGACACCAUCUAUGCCACCAGCAAAUACACCGUCACAGAUGAGUACACCGGCGGCCGCUGUUCAUGAAACACCAAGGAGACCGUACCCACGACAUCCAUCUCCUAUCCAGCAAUAUCCCCGCAUCAACGAUCAGAUGCGUACGAUGCCUGUUCCCCCACCACCUACUUCGUUUGCAACUAACCAACCGGUGCCUGCAAACGCAUCAAUACGGACGGUCACUUCUGGUUUGACUCAGCCCCCGGGCUAUAAUCCAGCCAGUUCGUUGCAUCAAACCCAGCCGCCACAUGUUCGUUCCAAUACAGGUUCAUAUCCACCCUACCAGCAAAGACAACUUGGUCCCGAUCCGGCGACUGGAGCCAUCUACCGCUCGCCCGGUACACCGGCGACUAUGUCUGAAUGGAGUCGGCUAAAAGCCCCGAUCGCAUUGCUUCAGGAUCGGGAAUUACUUCCAUCGGAUGGACCAGACCUACCGGUUACACCAGCGAUAACUAAUCCGGUCAACUGCGAUCCGGACAUCAUGCGAUGUACUUUAACAAAUAUGCCAUCCAAUGCCAAAUUACUAGCUCGGUGUCGUUUGCCCUUGGGCUUAGUGAUGCAUCCCUUCCGCGAUCUUUCGAAUUUGCAUACGAUCAAUUCGAAAGUGAUUGUCCGUUGUCGUUCCUGCCGCACUUACAUCAAUCCGUUUGUGCAAUUUCUGGAUUCUGGACGCCGCUGGCGUUGUCCGGUGUGUUUCCUUGCCAAUUCCGUCCCGGACGAUUUUUACUACGAUCCAGGUACGCAAACCUAUGGAGACCCGUCUCGUCGUCCGGAGAUUCGAUCAGCAACAGUCGAAUUCAUUGCACCUUCAGAGUACAUGCUCCGUCCACCGCAGCCCGCCACCUACCUAUUUUGCUUUGACGUCAGUCGAAACGCCAUAGCUACAGGUUAUUUGCAAUUCGCGUGUGAACGUCUGGCUGCAUCGUUGAAUCGAAUCCCGGGAGAUUCGCGUAGACAGAUAGCGUUUAUCACAUACGAUUCUGCGAUACAUUUCUACAAGCUAUGCGGUGAUACAAUGCGUUUAAUGAUCUGUCCGGACCUGGAUGAACCGUUCCUUCCGGAUUACGAGGGUUUGAUGAACCGGAUUAGUGGUUCCACCGAAGCGAUUCAGGAUUUUCUGCAUCAACUCCCACAAUCAUUCGCCAAUACCAAUGAUGUUGGUAACUGUUUGGGCACUGUGUUACAAGUCGGUCUUAAAUUGAUUGGAGGCACUGGUGGUCGUAUCUCGCUGUUUACCACUUGCAUGCCAACAACCGGUGCUGGUGUGCUUCGGUCCCGAGAGGAUCCGAAUGAUCGUUCUGCUGCGGAAGCAAAAUAUCUUGGCCCGGCAAUCGACUUUUAUAAAACAUUUGCUCUCGAUUGUGCCGCCCAACAGGUCGCGGUUGAUCUGUUCGUAUUGAAUUCCCAAUACUGUGAUAUCGCCACCCUUUCCGGUGUCUCUCGUUUCUCGUCGGGAACCGUCUACCAUUAUCCGAAUUUCUUCUGUCCACCGAAAACGAGUCCACCGAAUCAGGCAUCUGAUUCCGUGCAAAAUUACAACCUCGUUGAAUUGGAACGAUUCCGACGGGACUUCGAUCGAUACAUCACUCGUAAGAUCGGAUUUGAGGCUGUGAUGCGAAUUCGUUGCACCCACGGAAUUUCUAUUCAGGCUGCCAUACUCUAUACUUCCUCGAAUGGCGACAGACGAAUUCGCGUGCACACACUUAGCCUUCCUGUUGUACAUAACCCAUAUGAGGUAUUUCAAGGCGCGGAUCAAGGGGCGAUCGCUUGUCUCAUUGGUAAAAUGGCCGUGGAUCGGGCUAUUUCUUCCGGUGUCCCCAACGCACGCGAAGCGAUGGCUAAUUCAGUUUCCGACGCACUAAGCGGUCCAGUGAUUACCUUAGACGAGCGAACUGCCGCUCUGGAACGGCUUAAAUCGGCUCCCCCGGAGGAUAUGUUAGCUCUGGUCUAUCCUCGACUGUAUGCCGUACAUUCGUUUAUUUCCAAACCAAUGGUGUCAAGUGAAGGCACCUUGGCGCAGAAAGCGGCUACUCUGUCAUUGUGUGAUGACGGCGAUUCACGAGUUGAUGCAUCUCCUCGAUCGGAUGGUGAAGAUGAGGACGAAAACUCCUCUUCCUCUGAGGCCGGUGAAAUCCCGACUGAAGCGGAACAAUUGCCUGGUCAGUUGCCUCUUACCGCCCGUUCUAUCACUCGAGGAGGUGUGUACUUACUCGAUACCGGCGAAUUACUCUUACUAUUAGUUGGUUCCGGUGAAGAUGCCGUUCCCGGUGUAAGUGCGUCCAAGGUACUUCAGAACCUUUUGGGUGUGUCUAGCCCGACGGAAUUACCUUCCGGUGGUGGUCCAUUCGCUUUACUUCCGCUCACCUCCAACGAUACAGACAAUAUCGACGAUGCCCACGUGGGGCGACGUCGAUUAGCUGCUUUAAUCAAUUUAUUGCGACGACGUCGCCCAAUCAACAGUGCGUUAGUUUGUAUGCGGCAUGACGCUCCAGCCAACCUCAAGAGCCGAUUUUUGUCCGCAUUGGUGGAGGACCGUACGGAAUCCGCCGCAUCCUAUCAUGAAUUUCUUCAAAUGUUGCAAAAUCUGAUGAAGACCUGA